GGUGCCAUUCGCCGAUGAGGAAAAUUGGAGAGACCUGCUCACUGUCCGUCAGUCACCACCUCUUGUCGCUCUUCCUCUUUUGUACUACGAAGUAAAAAGUGAAACGCAACCAAAAAGGAAGCCGGAUACGCAACAACAAAAAGACCCUACACACAACACUGGUGGCUAUACUUACAGUUGAUUCCUAUUGCUGUCAAUUGAGCUGAUACACUAGUCAACUUGACAAUCCAGACAGAAAGAAGCAUAGAUCGAAGGCGCCAGUGCGCCAUUCCAGCUGCGCUCUGGCAACAGGUUACGUGUCUCGCCACUCAUUGGACGACGUUCCGUCUCGACAGCUCGUCGACUGCGGUUAACAGCCGAUAACCAUCUAGCGCGGAAUACUUUUUCGACAAUGUCAAUGCAAAUUAGUGGGCGGAUACUCACUUUCACGGUACUGGUGCUCAUUCCUACUGUACUACAACUCUACGGCAGCUGGCGCACCAUUCACCAACUACAACAAACCCUUUGCCUCGAUCCGGAAGAAUUUGGUUGUGGUGGUGCAAUCCGUGAGAUUGCCACCGCAAUCGAUAGUCAAGCAGAAUUGGAUGUUUCAACGAAAGAACACACCGAUCUCUACGGUUUUGCUGUGCCGACAAAGGAGGAGUCGACGUCGUCCGCAGGCGCCCACAUUACCUCGCCUCGGCAGUGGCCGACGUCGGAAUCCGUCAACGUGAACACCAACCGCACAAUAUCUCGGCCUAUCUCCGGCAGCCCACCUACUCUUUUCUGGCAUGUAGGACCCCACAAAACGUCCACUACCGCCAUUCAGAGUUUUCUGGCAGCCCACAAAAAAGUAUUGCUGGAGAAAGACAACAUCGUAUUCCCUUGGAUGCUGCCCGGUCAUUUCCGAGGCACCAAAAACACAGCCAAUCUCGCGUUUUGUUUGUCAGGACGAAAGGGACCAUGGGAAAUGAAUUGUCAGCGAGUGCUACAGUCCUUUCAACACUUUGUCGCAAGUGCACUGGCAAAUUCGAAGAAUAUCGUACUUUCAGCGGAGGAGUUUGCUUUUUGCCACGAACCGCAAAUUCGGCAGUUUGUUCAAGACUACUUUGCCGACUGGGAGAUUCAAGUAAUUGUUUUCCAUCGGCGAUUUGACGAGUGGCUAACCAGUUUGCAUUUUGAAAUGAAUCGCGACUUACCAUUUCGUGAACGUUCAAACCUUGUUGACUUUUUGGAAAACCCAGGCACCUUAGCAAGCUUCGAAUUUCACUACAGCCACAAAGUUCGUGAACGGUACCAAUCGGUCACAGAUCACGAUGUGACGAUUGUUAACUUUCACACUGCGAAAGAGGGCCGGAGUCUGGUAGAACAAUUUACUUGUGACGGAUUGCAAGGAAUGGCACCGCACACAUGUCGGGCUGCUCAAAGGUUUGUCUCCCGCAAAAUUAAUGGGGCCCAUUCUUUGGACUCCGGCUUUCUGUUGGCUGAAGCGUUGGAGCAGAACAUGGUGCCCUUGCUUGAUUUCGCCAACCGGACACUCUCGAGUGACGCAGAGACGUCAUUGCUGGCAAGGAUCGAUCGCAAGCUUGAAACGAGUACAGAUCUCCCGGUUCGCUGUUUGUCAGAGACGACGCAAGACCACGUCUGGAAUCGGACCAAAGAGUGGUUCCCGUUUGACCUAGAAAGGUCAAAGUCGUUAUCAAAAGCCGAAAAUGUGUCUCGGUCGAGAACAUGCUGCUUGGAUGUUUCGCGAGUAUGCGCACUUGACGACUGGAAGGCGUUUUUCCGAGGACUGCCUGUGAGUAGGAAAAGUGAGCAAAUCCAGUAGUCUAUGUUACAAAUUAUCCCUAAUAAUCAGGAGACUUUUUCUUGC